AUGGAGAAGACGAUGAUGAUAAAGAGGAAGCCGUCAUUAUCAUUUCUACACCAUUCUCAACGCUCCGGCCGCCUUCCGUACAACCAACGCGUCACCUGGCGCGAUAAUUCCGGCCUCACCGACGGCCUUGAACAAGGCGUAGACUUGGUCGGAGGUUAUUACGACGCCGGAGACCACGUCAAGUUCGGUUUACCGAUGGCAUUCACCGUCACAAUGCUGUCGUGGAGUAUCAUCGAAUACAGCGAGUACAUUGCCGGUGCCGGAGAGUUAGAACACGCCAUGGAAGCGAUCAAAUGGGGAACUGAUUAUUUCAUCAAAGCUCACACCAGCCCUAACGUGUUAUGGGCUGAGGUGGGUGACGGAUACACCGAUCACUACUGUUGGCAACGGCCGGAGGAUAUGACGACGUCGAGACAAGCAUACAAGAUCGACGAGAACAAUCCGGGGUCAGAUCUCGCCGGAGAAACCGCCGCCGCUAUGGCGGCAGCCUCCAUUGUGUUGAGAAAAACAAACCCACAUUACUCCCAUUUGUUAUUGCAUCACGCUCAACAGUUAUUCGAAUUUGGGGAUAAGUACAGAGGGAAAUACGAUGAAAGCAUUGGAGUGGUGAAAAACUACUACACAUCAGUGAGUGGGCACGAGGAUGAGCUGCUGUGGGCCGCGAUGUGGUUGUACAAAGCCACCGACAACCACCGGUACUUAAGUUAUGUGAUCGAUAACGCCGAUUCCUUCGGUGGCGUUGGGUGGUCCAUCACCGAAUUCAGCUGGGAUGUUAAAUUCGCCGGCAUUCAAGUUCUUGCAUCUCAGUUGCUUACCGAAGAGAAACACAAAAAAUACAAAGACGUAUUAGAAAAAUACCAAUCAAAAGCCGAAUACUACAUUUGUUCAUGUCUAAACAAAAACAACGGUACGAAACACAAUGUCCGUUUUACCCCUGGCGGCCUCCUAUACGUUCGACAAUGGAACAACAUGCAAUAUGUAUCUUCCGGGGCAUUUUUGGUAUCCGUAUACUCAAAUUUACUCCAAAAAUUAGAGCAAAAAAACCUCAAAUGCCAUGGAGGUGAAGUAACACCUCAUGAGCUUUUCCAAUUUACAAAAUCACAAGUGGAUUACAUUUUGGGCUUUAACCCAUUAAACAUGAGCUAUCUAGUGGGCUUUGGCCCAAACUUCCCAAAAAGGGUUCACCAUAGAGGUGCCUCAAUUGUUUCAUAUAGAGAAAACAAAGGGUUCAUUGGGUGCACUCAGGGUUAUGACAACUGGUACGGGUCCACUGACCCGAACCCAAAUAUUGUGGUUGGGGCCCUGGUUGGUGGACCUGACCACAAUGAUGAGUUUACUGAUAAAAGAGGAAAUUACAUGCAGACAGAAGCGUGUACGUAUAACACAUCACCGCUCGUUGGAAUUUUUGCAAAGUUAAAUUAUUUAGAAAAUAUGGUUUCACAUGCAUCUUAUUAAGUAAAAACCUAUACGGUGAAUCUUGUAUAGUAUUUUUAAUCGUAUGUGAGUUUUUUUAGUGGCU